AUGAAGUGGAUCCUGGUGGUCCUGGCGUGUCUGCAGCUGGCGGAGGGGGCGGUGAGGAUCAGUCUGAAGAAAGGCCUGUCCAUCCGGGACAAGAUGAGGGCAGCUGGGGUGCUGGAUGAUUUCCUGAAGAACAUUAAAUAUGAUUCAGUGAAGAAAUACCAGCCCAGGCAGGGCUCGGUGGUGAGGGAGCCCAUCACCAACCACCUGGAUUCCUCCUAUUUUGGGGAGAUCAGCAUUGGGGAGCCCCCCCAGAAGUUUUUGGUGCUCUUUGACACCGGCUCCUCCAACCUGUGGGUGCCCUCCACGGACUGCAAGAGUCCCGCUUGCUUCAACCACGCCAAGUUCAAGGCCAGUGACUCGGCCACCUUCACCCCCAGUGGCCAGUCCUCCACGGUGUCCUACGGCAGCGGCUCUGUCACCAUGGUGCUGGGCUCUGACACGCUCAGGAUCCAGAGCAUCACUGUCACAAACCAGGCGUUCGGGCUCAGCCAGGACGAGCCCACCCAGCCUUUCUACUUUGCGGAUUUCGAUGGCAUCCUGGGCAUGGCCUACCCCUCUCUGGCAGUGGGAGGGAUGGCCACAGCUCUGGAGGGGAUGCUGGAGCAGAACCAGCUCGCUGAGCCCAUCUUCAGCUUUUACUUCUCACGCCAGCCCACCUAUGAGUAUGGGGGAGAGCUCAUCCUCGGGGGUGUCGACCCUCAGCUCUUCCAGGGGGACAUCACAUGGGUGCCGGUGACACAGGAGCUUUACUGGCAGGUGGCACUUGAGGAGUUUGCCAUCGGGCAGUCAAUGACCGGCUGGUGCAGCCAGGGCUGCCAGGCCAUCGUGGACACGGGGACAUUCCUGCUGACAGUGCCCCAGGAGUACAUGCAGAGCAUCCUGGAGGCCCUGGGAGCCCAGGAGACCAGCUAUGGGGUGAGUUACGCAGUGGACUGCGACAACACCCAGAGCAUGCCCACCAUCACCUUCAGCAUCGGCGGCGCUCAGCUCCCGCUCUCCCCCUCCGCCUAUGUCCUGAACAGCAAUGGCUACUGCACCCUGGGCAUCGAGGUCACCUACCUGCCCUCCCAGGACGGGCAGCCCCUCUGGAUCCUGGGAGACAUUUUCCUGAAGGAAUAUUACACCGUCUUCGACAUGGCCAACAACCGCGUGGGCUUCGCCCCGUCGGCCUAG